CUAACCUUCUUCGAGAUUGGUAAGAGCCCUCUGGAGUUGCAGAAUCCGGGGAAGUCCACUAAGCAAUUGACAACCUCGGCACCCCACCGCCACAUCAACUCCAACUGAGUAGGAUAACCUUAUUGCACCGAAAUCUUCAGGGGCGGUUCACAAGUCCUCAUGUUGGAAAUGACUGCGACGUUCGCAAAGGCCAUGGAAGUGAAAGCCGUUAGUUCGCAUACGUACACGGCCAAUUUCAACCUCGACUGGUGUGUAGGAUCAGUUCCCCAUGGUGGGAUCGUCACAUCCGUCCUUUUGCAGGUCGCCGCCACUCACUUCAACACGGUGCUCGCGGCUCAAAAGCAACCUCACACCAUCACCCUACACUUGGAGUUUCUGCGACGAACUCAAGUAGGGCCCUGUACCGUCACAGUCCGCGAUGGCAAGCUCGGCCGCCAGACCUCUACCAUCCAUGUCGCAUUGACCCAGGAUGGCCGCGAAGAAGUCGUUGGCUAUAUCACUAAUUCCAACAUGAACACCGAGAGCGGACCAUCUUUCGAAACGGCAUGGUCGUUGGACCCAGCUCCACCGCCUGUCGACCUGGCCAGACUUGCACAGGACGGUGGUGAUGUGAAUUGGACUGAGCAGAAGGACCGACCAUUUCCCAAGUUCCGUCGUGUCUUGAACCGUGCGCGACAGUAUGUUCCCCUUGCUGGACAGGUAUCGCCCGGUCUGUGUGAUGAGUGGAUCCGCUUCACAUCGGGUGAGAAAUUCACACAAGAAAGUUUGGGCCUGGUUUGCGAUCUGUGGCCGCAGAUCAUCGAGACGAUGUCAUUAAAGCGCGCCGAGCAGGAGGGAAGUGAGGACAGCACCCCGCCUCCGUUCUGGUAUCCUACUCUGGUAUUGAACCUGGAUAUCAAGAAGGCUCUACCGGCUGAGGGCGUCGACUGGCUGUUCGUGCGGGUCCGCGCCAAGAAGAUUGAGAAGGGCCGGCAAGACCUCGAGGUGGUGAUUCUAGACGAGGCAGGAGACAUCGUUGCAUUAAGUCAUCACGUGGCAUUGGUCUUGAGUGCGGAGAGGAACCUGGCGAAGAGGAAGUCUAAGAAUGAGAAACUCUGAGAUGUCAUUAGACCUCAGGAUGCCCAUGGCUGGCGAGGGUAGGUAGUUCAAUGCAACUAUAAGUUCAGUAUUGCGGAUACUUCAUCUCGGACUCCUGUUGGACCAAAUUGACUGUCAAAAGACGGGGGACCCACUCGCUGUAGAAUGAGGUAUUUUUGGUAGUUAUAAGGUCUGACAACUCCUUUCAAAGGUAUUUGACA